GUUCAUAAAUCUGAGAAUCUCUUAAAUCCUGAGACUUACAGAAAAUGGAAGUGUGCUACACCUGGGGAAAAGAAUGCUAGUGUAAUAUUGCAGUUUGAAAAAGCUACUAAGAUUCACUCUAUUGAUAUUGGUAAUGAAAGUUCUGCAUUUGUGGAAGUUCUUGUGGGGAGAUCUUCAGAUUCUGUUAAUGAUUAUAAGGUUUUAUUAGUUGCUUCAUCAUUCAUGAGCCCCAUUGAAAGUAGAAAUGAACAACAUAGCAACAGAGUUCGUAUGUUUGGCCCUGAAAAGUUGGCACAGAAUUUAAAAGAGGAGAAAUGGGAUUGUGUUCAAGUUGUUUGUACUCAACCAUUUAAUAAGAAUAUAACUUACGGAUUGAGUUUCAUCAAAUUCCUAUCACCUCCAGAAAAGAUUGCUGAACGUCCAGUGGAACCUGAUUCGAAAACUACUACAGCAAAACUUGGUGCCUUCAAAAUAAAGUACAAUGACGAUGAAGAAGACGAUUCACCGCCUGUAGGCUCUUGGCUUGAAAGGAAGAAUAAAGUCAUCAAUUCUUCAUUAAAAAAAACUGAUAAAGAUUCACCAUCUUAUGCUGCAAUGGUUUUGUCUUCAAACGAUUCCUCCAAGACUACUUCUCAGAAUCCAGUGAAGAGAAAGUAUAUAGAUUCUGAUAUUGAAAAACCUCCUGCUAAAAAAGAAUCACCAUCAGUUCGAGUAAACAAGGCGAAAGUCGGAUACAAGGAUAUUUUGGGGAGCAAAAACUCGGAGGAUUCAAAUUCUAAUCAAUCUAAGAAAGAAAAAUUUGGUCCCAAAGACAUUUUUGGUUUGAAUACAUCUAAUUCAAAUUCACCAACUACUUCAAGAAAGCCAGUUUCUAAAAUGAUAGAGGCCUCAAAAGCAUUGACUAAAGAUAGAACGAAUUCUAAACCCCCUUUCAAAGAAUUGAUGAAGGGAGUUGUUUUUGUAAUAAGUGGUUUUGUCAAUCCACUAAGAAGUGAAAUACGUGACAAAGCAUUAGAAAUGGGUGCCAAAUAUAAAGGAGACUGGGAUCGCACUUGUACACAUCUUGUUUGUGCAUUUAUAAAUACCCCAAAAUACGUUCAAGUUAAAGACGAAAAUGGGAAAAUUGUCACUAAAGACUGGAUUAUUGAUUGUCACAAGAAACGUGCCUUGUUGCCUUGGAAGAAGUAUAUGCUAGGAAGGUAUGCAAGGGACAGUUCUGAAUCAUCUGAAAGUGAAGAGGAAGUAGUUAAACCAAAACCAAUGAGGAAAAUAACUAGUCCAGUUCUUAAUGGCUCUGCUAAAACAAACAGCCCAUUGCCAUCCCCUGCUCCAAAAAAAGCGGAUAAAACAAAUAGUAAAAGAGUCCUUACGGAUGAAUAUGAUGAGAGUGAGACUGAGGAUGAGGAUGCUAUUGAAGACUAUUUAGCUGAUACUGACAAAGAAGAAGAUUCUGGAGGUGAUACUGAAGAUGAAAUUCGAAAAAUAGAAAAAGAAAUAAAACAAAAGAAUGAAAAGUUUUCUCCAGAGGUUAUCAGUCUUGAAGGAGAUGACUGUCUUGAGUCAGAUGAAGAGUCAGGGUCACUUCUACAGACAAAACCUGAUACUUCACAUUUACCUUUGCCUGAACUACCAAAUCUAUUUAAAGCAAAACAUUUUUAUUUGUUUGGAAAUUUUUCUCAGUCCAAAUCACACGAUUUGACGCGAUAUAUAACUGCCUAUAAUGGAAAAAUUGAAGAUUAUAUGAGUGAUUCUGUCAAAUAUGUCAUAACUGAGUCAAAGUGGGACUCAAACUUUGAAGAGGCCUUAGCAGAAAAUGAGGAUUUGAUAUUUGUAAAGCCUGAAUGGAUCUUCAAAUGUCACGAAAAAGAAAAACUUGUUCCUUAUCAGCCUUACAUAAUUAUACCUGAUUCAUGAGUUACAUUUUCUUCAAAUCAUUUGUUAUAUAUACAUUUGCACUAUGUAAAUAUUUAUCGUACAAAUUUUUUUCAAUUGAUUUGUAAAUUUUAGUCAUUAAAUGUAAUUAUUUUGUGUAUGUAAAUUGAACUUAUUGAAUAAGUAGAAUUUUUAAUAUUGUAAAAAUUGUAUCUGAAUAAAAUGUUCUACUACUAAAUAAAUAAAAAAAAAUGUUUCUGAAAGUUCAACUCA